AUGGCUGCAGAUGAUGACCAAAGGCACGAUGGUAGACUUGCACCGGGAUUACCGAGCCGCCAAUCUUCCAGAUCACCUCUGAGAAAUUCAACAAGCGGCGACGAAGGGAAUAGCGAUACACAGGAGGAGCAAAUAUUAUUGCAAGAUUUAGGGGCAUACGGUGCUCCCGAGGAUGCUCGAGUGGGCCCAGUGGAACCUACCGAUUCGCAAAGUUCUGCUGCAGAGCAGACUAGGAGGGCUUCAGAUAUAGAAGCCACAACUUUCCGCAGACCCUCGCAGCGUGUUCGAUUCUCCACGGAUAUAGAGCGUACCUCUGAAGCUGAUUCCGGCCACGAUACUCUCGGGGAGUUGGGAGACCGUCCUACUAGUCGCGGCAGCCGCUUUGCCGCUUCUGGGCUUACCGUUGGGACGGAAAACAUACCGCUUUCGUCCCAUCCCGCUCGAUUGUCUCCUAGAAGCGCUGAGAACCCCCCUCGCGUCUCCCCUGGCCCUGGCGGCUCUCCUUCACCUGCCGUGACAUCUCCAACGUCUCGUAGCCGAGGAUAUUCACUCCGACGUUCGCUCUUCAAUCGGAAUCUCCAACAGGGUACUUCGCCGGUAAGAGAUACGUCUACUAAUCCAGGACAUAUUGCCAUCGACGGAAGUGUCACGGCCAAACAUACGCGGUCGCACAGCGGCUCGUCCAACAAGAAUGGAGUUAUUGAAGUUGCGCGAGUAUCAUCCAGUAGCAGGGAAGAUGAUUCUGCAUCUGCCUCAGAGGAAGCGGACACGCUCAAAAAAGUCCGUACAUCCCGCUUACCUGGCUCCGUCGACCAAUGGGCGAUGAAAUGGAGAUUCGUCGAUUGGAUCAUGGUAUGGUUUGAAUCAUUUGGUACCGCAUUUCAAGAGCAUGUCCUUCGAAUCAAGCCAAUUCCACCAAGUCAAGAUGGGAGGCAUAUCGACCUGGAUGUCCACCGGACCGAGCCCCUCAUUGAUGAGCGAACUGGGAAGCACUAUAUAAGCAACUACAUUCGGUCAAGCCGAUAUAGUUUAUGGAGCUUCUUUCCCAAACAACUCAUCGCCCAAUUCUCAAAACUUGCAAAUUUCUAUUUCCUCAUUGUUGCUAUUUUACAAAUGAUACCCGGUCUAAGUACGACUGGUACUUUUACCACAUUCGUUCCAUUAAUGAUUUUUGUUGGAAUUUCUAUGGGCAAGGAAGGGUUUGAUGAUUUUCGUCGUUAUAGACUGGAUAAGGAGGAGAACAAUCGGAUUGCUUGGGUCCUCCGCCCCGGUAAUCCGGAUGAAGAUGCACCGGAAACCCCACUAAAUAGAUCUGAACCAAAGGUGGAAAGACCAGAACCCUGGGCACCGACAAAGUGGAUCGACAUUCAAGUGGGCGAUGUCAUUCGGCUGGAUCGCGAUCAGCCUGCCCCUGCUGAUAUAGCACUUCUGCACGCUGAAGAACCCAAUGGAAUCGCCUACAUCGAAACUAUGGCGCUUGAUGGCGAAACAAAUUUGAAAAGCAAAAAGCCGAGUAUUCCUGUUGCAAAGACUUGUGCCACCAUUGAAGACAUCAUCUCAAAUAAGUCUAUCCACUUCGCCGUGGAAGAUCCGAAUAUUGACCUCUAUAAAUUCGACGGUAACGUCGCGGUCGGGGCAGAGAAACUGCCCUUGACCAACAAUGAAGUUAUCUAUCGUGGGAGUGUUCUUCGCAAUACACAUGAAGCGAUUGGUCUGGUCAUCUAUACCGGAGAAGAGUGCAAGAUUCGAAUGAACGCCAACAAAAACCCGCGAAUAAAAGCACCUGCUCUUCAAGCUGUUGUGAACAGAGUUGUAGCGGUGAUUGUCCUCUUCGUUGUUGUCCUAGCUUCUGCCUGUACGAUUGCUUAUCGCUUCUGGUCUCACGAUUUUGAGAGCAUGUCCUGGUAUCUUGAGGAGGCCAAAGUUUCUUAUGGUCCAAUCUUUACUUCGUUUAUCAUUAUGUUUAACACCAUGAUUCCGAUCUCCCUCUACGUCAGUCUCGAAAUCGUCAAAGUUGCCCAAAUGUUUUUACUAAACGAUAUUGACAUGUACGACGAGGAUUCGAAUACUCCUCUGGAAGCGAGAACCUCCACCAUCAAUGAGGAACUCGGUCAAGUUAGUUACAUAUUCUCCGAUAAAACGGGCACAUUAACAAACAACUCCAUGCGCUUCCGCAAAAUGAGCGUAGCCGGGACAGCCUGGCUUCAUGACACUGAUUUAAACGAAGAUGCGGAAGGCAAAAUGCUUCUGCAUAAGAAGAGAAAGGGCAAGAAAGUAGCCGGCAGAAAGUCUGUCGCGGAUGAGGCCACAAGAAUGUCCCGAUUGUCCAGGCCUUCCAAUGUCUCAAAUAGUAAAGACCGGACCGGCACCUCACCUUCACGAUGGAAGUCAAAUAGGCGGAAUAGGCAAUACCACGGUGGACGAACAACUGAAAUGAUGCGCUAUAUGGAGCAGAAACCCCACACAUUGUUCGCGAAAAAAACAAAACUAUUCAUUCUGGCCAUGGCCCUGUGCCACACUUGUCUUCCGGAGGAGACUGAAGAUGGAGACAUCUCGUUUCAGGCCGCCUCGCCAGACGAAGUUGCAUUGGUCCUUGCUGCUAAGGAGCUUGGGUAUGUGGUUGUAGAAAGACAGCCAAAUAGUAUAACCAUACGGAAACAGUCUGUUGGUUCCGAUGAGGAUUAUGUUGAUGAAGUUUACGAAGUUUUGGAUGUCAUCGAAUUUUCAAGCAGCCGGAAACGAAUGUCGAUUGUGAUACGUCUACCGGAUCAACGAAUUUGUAUCUUCUGUAAAGGUGCAGAUUCAAUUCUAAUGAAGCGACUCAAACGCUCUGGUUUGGCGGAAGAAAAGGUCACUGAGAUCGAGAGGCGAGCGAGUGUGAGGAAGAGUAUGGAGGCUAGGGAGGUGAUGAGACGUAACAGUGAACAUCAAGCCAGGAAGGACAUCAAACGAUCCAGUUUGAGUAUUAGGCGUCCCAGCUUUGUUGGCGGGCGGAGAUCGAGCGUGUCUGGGAUGCCACGCUCCGCGCUUCGGGAUAGUAUUGACAUGUGGUUACGAGAUCGUGAGACUGACGGCGGAAUGGAUCUUCGAGUCGAUGGAAAUGAGCAUUAUAGCCCGCGCCCAUCUGCCCAGUUCGGUGGGCGAGGUUCUCUUGCCUAUUCUGAUGGUCGGCUUUCAUUUCAAACCGAUGAUGGCGAAGACCUAGUUGAAGAGGCUCUUGUUGUCAACGAAGCCCAAGUUUUCGAAAGAUGUUUCCAACAUUUGAACGAUUUUGCGACGGAGGGCCUGCGAACACUCCUUUAUGGAUACCGAUAUAUCACUGAAGCCGAAUACAAAGAAUGGAAAACGCAGUACCAUGACGCCAUAACUAGCUUGUUCAAUCGCCAGGAGAGGAUUGAAGAAGUAGCAGAGCAAAUUGAAGAUCAGUUUGAACUUCUGGGUGCAACUGCCAUUGAGGAUAAGCUCCAAAAGGGUGUGCCAGAAGCUAUUGACAAAUUGAGACGGGCUAAUAUCAAGUUAUGGAUGCUCACUGGCGACAAGAGAGAGACUGCUCUCAACAUUGGACAUUCUUGUCGCCUGGUAAAGGAUUAUUCGUCUGUUAUAACCAUCGAUCAUGAAGCUGGGAACGUCGAGCAAAUCAUAACCUCCACAGCAUCUGAUAUACAACUUGGCAACGUGGCUCAUUCAGUUGUUGUUGUGGACGGUCAGACGCUUUCUGUUAUUGAAGCAGAUCCGGUUCUUCAAUCUCUUUUCUUCGACCUCGCCAUCCUUGCCGACUCUGUGAUAUGCUGUCGUGCAAGCCCGAAACAAAAAGCAUUCCUCGUCAAAGCAAUCCGAAAACGGGUAAACAAAUCUAUCACCCUAGCGAUCGGGGAUGGUGCAAACGAUAUUGCGAUGAUUCAGGAAGCCCACGUUGGUAUUGGAAUAACUGGAAAAGAAGGGCUCCAAGCCGCUCGAAUCUCAGAUUACUCGAUUGCUCAGUUUAGAUUCCUACUCAAGUUACUACUUGUUCACGGUCGGUGGAAUUAUGUCCGCGUCUGCAAAUAUACCUUGGGUACAUUCUGGAAGGAAACUUUAUUCUAUCUGACGCAGGCUCUUUAUCAGCGUUGGAAUGGUUAUACCGGGACUAGCUUGUAUGAGCCUUGGGCUUUGAGUAUGUUUAAUACUCUCUUCACGUCUCUACCGGUCAUCUUUCUCGGAAUUUUCGAAAAAGACCUCGCUGCUUCGACUCUGCUUGCAGUUCCCGAGCUGUACACAAAGGGCCAACUGCGCAAGGGUUUCAAUAUCAAGUUGUAUCUUGGAUGGGCAUUUAUGGGAACCUGCGAAGCGAUGAUUGUCUACUUUGUUAUGUAUGGGCUGUGGGGUACAGCCCCCAUCACCAAUGACAACGGCGUAUUCGCCAUGGGUCUGCUUACGUACUCGGCUGCCGUGGUUAUCAUAUCGGUGAAGCUCCAGGUGCUUGAGAUCCACAACCAUUCCGUGAUGGCUGUGAUUUCCACCGUGCUUUCUAUCGGUGGUUGGUGGCUGUGGAACGUCAUCCUAUCAGAACGCUACGAGAUCGACGAGAUUUACAACGUCCGCGACAAUUUCCUCAUUCGCACCGGGCGGGAUCUCCUUUGGUGGACGACGCUCCUCCUCUCUAUCGUCGCUGUAAUCCUGUUCGAAGUUGCCGUCAGCACGGUGCGAGCCACCCUCUUCCCGACAGACGUUGAUAUCUUCCAGGAAUACGAGCAGGAUCUUGAAAUCCGGAAACGCUUCGAGGAAGCCGCCGCCAUGGAACUGCAGCAAGGAUGGGAUCGUGGAACCAAGAAAACUAGCGUUGAGCUGGAGCGCGAAGCUGCGAUUGAAGCGGCGAGAGAAUUACAGGUUCAAGAAUUGCUCGAUCGACGGAAUAAUGAGGAGGAGGUUCUCAUUGGCAAGGGAGCGGCCACGGCCUCCGGAGCUCGCCGUUCCGGUGACCAGAUGGAGGACAUAGAUCUCGGCGAUGGAGAAUGCCGCGGAAGCUCGGCUGGACCACGUCGCUCGUUGGACAUUAAUGAAUUAUUUAGUAAGGGGUUUGGAGCGAUCCGGAAGGGACCGGAUCUAAGAUGAUCUCCUACAUCUCAGCUACUUCUCUGUGGAGCUGCUGUGUAUCCUCUUUUCGGGCGCCUCUCCCUUGAAGGCGAGCUCCUCGUUCUCCCAACUCUUGCGUAUCUUUUUUUUUUUUUUUUCGGUAAAGUUUCUCUUGUCUACGGUCAACGCUGAAUGUGUUGCAUGACCUUUGAUGGCUUUCAUGCUCUGUUCUCAUACAACCGAGAUUGUAUAUAUUACUCACCCUCCUUGUCGUGCCCCCAAUUUGCACAUAUUUCUCUCACUCUAUUUCUCCCCCUCACCCCCCCAUUUCUACAUCCUCACUUAAACACCCCUUUCAGCUUUCCAGUCCUUCAAGAGUCAACAUGGUGAGAGCUCGGAAACUCUUGGGAGACAAAGUCCUUUCCCUUCCCCCCCAACAGGUAUCCCUGAAGAUGCAUCACCUGACAUUCCAAAUCUGACGCCGGUGUCUUACAUGUUUCUGUUAUAGGGUCCGCCACUCAUGCAGGCCUUAGACCCUCUUUCACCAGGGCCCUAAACCGACAUGUAUCUUCACAUCCCCCCAAGGUUCCACUCUCCCCUGUAUAUAGAUGGUAUUGUUUUAUGAUAUCCCUGUUUCGUUGAUUGGUUGA